CCCACCCUGCCCCCACAUCUCAUUAUUAAGACCAGUGAGGGCUGGGCACCUGCUUGCCAUGGCAUGUGGGCCAGGAGAUCUUCAGGGCCUCGUGCCUCCAUUGUCUUCCGCCAGACUUGGGAAUCACCUCUAUGUCCAAGAUUCCUGGUUCCAGGCCUGUGGGCAGACCAACGUUUCCUGCAAGAUGGUGAAGGGAAAGCUGGUGGAGGUAGGCAAAUGGCCAUGGCAGGUUAGCAUCCUAUUCCUGGGCAUCUACAUCUGCAGUGGCUCCCUCAUCCACCGCCAGUGGGUCCUCACAGCCGCGCACUGCUUACAGAGAUCCACGGACCCCAAACAGUACUCUGUGAGGGUGGGAGUCCAACGCCUCCCAGAAAAUGGCACUCAGCUUGUGGUCACCCGCAUCGUGAUUCAUGAGGAUUUCAACAACCUCAUAUCUCAGGACAUUGCCCUCCUGAAGAUCAGGGACCCCGUCUUAUGGUCCCCCCUCGUCCAGUCUGUCUGCCUACCCAGCAGCAAAUUCCAGCCAUCUAUUGGAACCAUGUGCUGGGUGAUCGGGUGGGGACUUACAGAUACUCAAGUGACCCCAAAGCCCUCCUACAGUCUUCAGGAGGUGGCUGUCAAGAUCAUAAACAAUAACAUCUGCAAUCAACGGUACCAGUUCCUCUUCUUAAAGGGCCAGAAGAAGUUCAUCGGGAGCGACAUGCUGUGUGCCUACUCAGAAUGGGGCAUGGACUCUUGUCAGGGUAACUCUGGUGGCUCCCUCGUCUGCCAAGUGAACAAGACCUGGAUUCAGAUGGGGGUGGUGAGCUGGAGUUAUAGCUGUGGCCGGCGCCACUACCCAGGCCUCUACACCAGCACCUCCCACUUCACCCAGUGGAUCAAGAGGCAGAUCUCUGACGUGAGGUUCGUCAGUAGGGCUGGCCCUGCCUUCCUGAGCCCAGUCUUCCUCACUGGCUACGUUCUGCUGGUCUCCUUGGGCUCCCUGUGGCUCCUGUGAAUGAUGUGUCCAGGGUGCUCACUGCUGGAGGCUGCUUCUUUCUCACUCUGUCUGCCUUGGGAGAAGUGGAGACCAGAGGACACAGGCCAUCAGGGCAGAGCACCCUUGGGGGCGGGUCCCAGAGCCACUGUUUUUUCAGUUGUUCAAUG